AUGGCGGACGGAAUCGACAAAGUUGCUGAAGAGCGCAUGGAGUUCAAUACCUCCAAGGAGGUCACUGUGGCGCCGACCUUUGAAGACAUGCACUUGAAGGAAAGCCUACUCCGCGGAAUCUAUGCCUAUGGAUAUGAAUCUCCCUCGGCUGUUCAGUCUCGGGCUAUUGUUCAGAUUUGCAAAGGUCGUGAUACUAUCGCCCAGGCCCAGUCCGGUACUGGUAAAACCGCGACAUUCGCGAUCAGUACGCUGCAGGUCAUCGAUACUGUUGUACGUGAGACUCAAGCACUCGUCUUGUCUCCAACCCGCGAACUUGCAACACAAAUUCAGUCCGUCGUGAUGGCCCUCGGCGAUUACAUGAACGUUCAAUGUCACGCAUGUAUUGGUGGCACCAAUAUUGGAGAAGAUAUCCGUAAACUUGACUAUGGUCAGCACGUCGUCUCUGGAACUCCCGGUCGUGUCGCGGAUAUGAUUCGUCGCCGAAACCUGCGCACCCGGAACAUUAAGAUGCUUGUUUUGGACGAGGCGGAUGAACUUCUUAAUCGCGGUUUCCGUGAGCAGAUCUAUGAUGUUUACCGUUACCUUCCUCCGGCCACCCAAGUGGUGGUCGUUUCAGCCACCCUCCCUUACGAUGUGUUGGAUAUGACCACCAAGUUUAUGACAGAUCCUGUGCGCGUUCUUGUGAAACGUGACGAGUUGACCCUCGAAGGUAUCAAGCAAUACUUUAUUGCAGUUGAGAAGGAAGAAUGGAAGUUUGAUACCCUUUGCGACCUUUACGACACCCUGACCAUCACCCAGGCCGUGAUCUUCUGCAACACCCGCCGUAAGGUCGACUGGCUUACUGAUAAGAUGCGUGAUGCCAACUUCACUGUCGCGAGUAUGCACGGCGAAAUGCCGCAAAAGGAGCGUGAUAGCAUUAUGCAAGAUUUCCGCCAGGGUAACUCCCGUGUCCUCAUUUCUACUGAUGUCUGGGCUCGCGGUAUCGACGUUCAGCAGGUGUCUCUGGUUAUUAAUUACGAUCUUCCUACCAACCGUGAGAACUACAUCCACCGCAUUGGUCGUAGUGGUCGUUUUGGUCGCAAGGGUGUUGCCAUCAACUUUGUCACAAGUGAUGACGUUCGUAUCCUUCGCGAUAUUGAACUCUACUAUUCGACUCAAAUUGAUGAGAUGCCCCUGAAUAUUGCGGAUCUCCUCUCAUAA